AUGCAUGAAUCCUGGAAGACCAUCCUCGCGCUCUCCAGCUUUGCGUUAACCAGCACAGCAAAGGACAUUUCGUUCGAUGCUCGUCUUAUGGUACAGCAAGCUGGACUGCCUUCCGUGCUCAGUAAUGGCUCUGGCCCGCCUCCCCAGCUUGACCUCCCAAACACACGUCCAGCUCGGUCCAUCGACCCGAGCCAGAUUGUGCCUAUCCAAGAUGCUUCUGGUAACAGCCGUUGCUGUCCCAUUGGAACUGUCAACAAUCUUAGUGGCUGUGUUUUCCCUCAUUCGUCUGUCUGCCCUGAGGGUACUCGUCUUGCGGGAAAUACUUGCAUUAGCGAGAAGCCACCCAAGUACCCUGAUGGUCUGAUCUAUAAUGGUCGCAACUCCGAACCGCGUUGUAACCCUGGGUUCACAUACCAGGACGGCAACUGUGUCUCCCUUUCUGAAGCCGGAUGCCCUCCAGGAUUCACCCUCAAGAACCGUAUUUGUACUUCAAGCAGCAAGCCUCAGUGCCCUGCCUCUUUCAAGUAUGAGGAUGGUAGCUGUGUUGAUUCUAAGCCGCAGUUUUGCCCUCCCGGUAGUAAGCUCGCCGAUGGCAAUUGUGUUGGCGAAGCCCCUCCGUCAUGCCCUCCCGGCUAUGUCAUCAACAAGGGAGUAUGCACCCACGAGUCAAAGCCGAGAUGUCCUCCUGGAUCCAGCUUCGAUGGCACUGCUUGUGUCUCUGAGAAGCCCCCUUCCUGUGAGCCAGGCUUCUUCAAUGGAAAGGUCUGUGAAGACAAGCCGUCUUGCCCUCCUGGAUUCAACCUCGAAGGGCGAGUUUGCGUCUCCGAAAGCAGAGCUUCCUGCCCUGGCGGAACCUACAUCGUCUCUGAUAAGACUAGUGGAAAGUCGGCCUGCUGCUAUAAGAACUUUGACUUCAACGGAGACACCUGCUUCAAAUCUGGCCGCUGCUGGGUUAGCCCCACUGAGGAGCCUAGCUGCCCUACCGGCGGAAAGUGGAACGGAAAGACUUGCAUUGUUCAGCCUGUUCCUCAGUGCCGUGCUGGACAGUACACCAACGGACGAUGCAUCAUCACUGAGAGCCCUCGUUGCCGCCCUGGUGCCGUUUUCAACGGAGAGAACUGUGUUCUCGAGGACCGUGCGGCUUGCCCUCCCGGAAGUGUUCUCAGCGGCAAGAAGUGUGGCUCUAGCACUCCUCCCGAGCGUCCUCAGUUCUCUCGUGGAUCCACCGUUGUUGGCCGAUACUGCAAGUACCCCGAUCUUCCUGUCUGUGAGCGCGGCACCAACCACCACGAUGAUGACUGCACUUCUUCCAUUACUCCGGAGUGCCCUACCGGAAGCUCUUUCAAUGGAGUUAACUGCAUCUCAAAUGAUCGUCCUAUUUGUAGGCCUGGCUACAUCUUCAACGGCGCUACUUGUGUCUCGGAGAAAGAUGUCCCGGCCUGCCCCAACAAUAUGCAAUUUGAUGGCACCAACUGUGUCUCAAAGGAGCGACCUAUCUGUGACCCUAGAAAGUCCUUCGAUGGCGGUACUUGUGUCGAUCACUCUGAUCCUCAAUGCCGACCUGGUCUUGUUUUCGACGGCACCAGCUGUGCAUCUAAGGAGCCUCCCCGCUGUGAACCUGGUACCAGCUGGAACGGAAGCAAAUGUACUUCUGAGAAGAACCCAGGCUGUGCUCCCGGUAUGAAGUACAACUCUGAGACUGAGACUUGCGACUCAUCUCUCAAACCCCGUUGCCCUACUGGAACGGAGCUCAGAGAUGAUGUUUGUGUCUCGGUUACUCCUCCUCAGUGCGCGAGUGGCACCACCAGAAAGGGUGACAAGUGUGUCUCUGUCGAGCUUCCCCGUUGCCCUCAAGGUCUUACUCCCAGCGGUGGUCUUUGCAUCUCCACCAAGGUACCUGAGUGUGGCGAGGGCACUAUCUUCGACGGCAAGGGAUGUGUUAUUGGCAAGACCGACGAGUGUUAUACUCUUCGCACUAGCCCUCCUGUCGGUGCUGCUGGCCUCCCUGCUGAGGGCGGUCGCUAA